CACCUAGAUACCUGUUAAAUAAAGUGGUAAAUAUGGAUUUUGAUGACUAUGGUGAUGAACCAGCGUAUCAGGAUGGACCACCAGGCCCUGAAGAUUAUGAUUUUAGUGAAGACUUUUCAGGAGGCUUUAGAGAAAGAGGUUACGGUAGGAACCAACCUCCUUUCUUUGGUGGUGAAUAUGGGCCUCCUGGACGACCUUUUACUUGGGGGAGAGGUUUUGGCCCAGCCGGCCCUCCAAUGCAUAUGAGAUUUCCCAGAGAACAUAAACCAUUGAAAUUUCUAAUUCGAUGUGGUGUACCAAAACCGCAACUGAAAGGGCUUCCCGAUGCUCUUCUGCGCCUAAUAGAGCCCCAUUAUUGUGGGAUUUGUGCUCAAGAAUUGCAAAAUUUUGAUCUGUCUCGAUUGCACUACAUCUCCAAAAAUCACGCCAAGAAUCAGAAAAAAUGGCUAGUUCAACAAGCCGAAGUUGGCUUUCACCGUCCCAAAGAGAUCCCUCUCAAGGCACGUGAUCUUUACUGUGAGCUGUGUGAUGUCCACAUCACGUCGAAGACUCACGCGGAAUCCCACUAUUCGGGCAGAUCUCAUCGAGGGAUUGUCGAGGGUCGCAAACCACCGAAGAAUCCUUUCUUGCUGCAAAGGGGCAUGGAGGAUCGAAUAGAACAACUCAUUCGCCGUGAAAAGAAGCAGCUUAAGCCUGUCGAAGCAUCAGAAGCAAGUGCGGAUCAGAAGAAAGAUGCUAAGCCGAUCCAGCCGGACUUGUAUUGUGAAAUCUGCAAGACUUCGGUUACGUGCUCCGAGCAAAUGACCAUGCAUCUUAACGGCAAGAGACACCUUGCUAAAGAAAAACAUCAUAUUCUGCAAAUGAUGAAGCAACCAGCUUCUAAUAAAAAGAAACAAAAUGCACCUGCGAAGGUAUCUGAAGGUAUUAAGGAAGUUAUUGCUGUUCAAAAUUCUAACCCUGAAGCUGUAGUUGCCGACGCUGAAAAUGCUUCGGAAAAUAAAGACCAAAAUGUUAACGAUGAUUGGGGCAACGGAAGUGGCGCGUGGGAUGAGACCCCUCAACAAUCUACGGAUGCCAUGUGAAGCAUCGUCUCGGCUUGUAGCUUAAGACAUGACCUCUUCAAUAUUUCAAGUCUCUGUCAAGCGACGACAGUCUGAAACAAAGUACCUUUCAGUUUGCGUGCUGUACUGUAUUAGACUUAUAUUCAUUCCACUAAUAAAUCUGAUUCAUUACGAUA